AUGAAUCAUCCUUUUCAAAGUUUUCAGGAGAAAAGCGAGCAUGUAGUGGAGUCGAACUUGGAACCCGUAGUGGAGGCUGUUGAGGAGAAGCCACUAGAUGCUCCUCUGGAGCCUAUGCCUACCAAACCAACUCUAGAGGUUCCACAGUCACCAAGGAAGCUCACACCUAUGCCAAAAGACUUGGCUCCUGUUCAUCCUGCAAUAAAGGUAUGA